AUGGCCAGCAAGAAGGACAUGCGCCGCGACGACCUGAUCGUCCCCUACGCCGACCCGAAUGAGAAGGCGAGCUCCGACCCGGAUUUUGCUGGCACCAUGGCGAGCACCCUGCCCAUGGCCGCCAUAUUUACGAGGAACAAGAUGAUCGGCUGGACCGCCGUCAUCUUCGCCCUCCAGACCUGGCUGGCGGAGACGCCGGAACAGAAGAAGAAGGCGUCGACGCCUGGCUACUUCAGCGUCUUGAUGGCCUUCAUGUCCCUGCUGGUUUCCUACAUGCCCCUCUUCCUCCCCCCUCCCCCGAACCGGGCCAAUGCAGGCUCUGGCACCGAGGCUCCGGCGGCAGUGCCUCCGGCGUAG